AAAACUAAGGCAGCCAUGACUUUCAACUCUAAACCCAGAUGUAACACGUUUCCCAAAUUUAUCUUUCGUCUACUACAAUAAAGCUUCAUUUCGGGCUAAGCUAUAUAAAUAUUUUUUUUCCUUCUUUUUUUUUGGAACUUUUGGAAAAUAUUUAUUUUUUUGUCUCACAAUUUGAGGAAUCAAAAUUAUUAAAAAAGUAAUGAAUUCGUCAAAAGCUCUGGUAUGCAAUUGCAGCAGGUUUUCAAGGUGUUUCAAGCCGGUCAUAUCACGGGGAAUGAAGCAGCUCCGAUUGGAUGAUAUGCACUAUAAGCCUAAUUCCUACCGCGAACGCGUCUACCAGCAAACCUGGUCGGAGCAGCAUAUGACGGAGGAACCGGAAGAGGGGCCCGGACAAGGUGGUCGCCGCAACGAAAGUCGAGGCAAUAGGAGAACAAGCAGCAAUAAGUCUGCCCGACGGUCUGAGCGCGAGGAGCUGCAGGAGCAGACCACUAUGGAGGAAGAGAUGUCAUCGGGCUCGCAACGGGAUGAGAACCGAUCAUCCAGGACCUCUGGCCACGCCUCCCGGGGGGCUAAGCGUGGAAUCGAUUAUGCCACUUCGGCAUCUGGAGCCAUCUCAGAUAGCGCCGGCACUGGCGCUAGUGCCGACUCUGGCCCAACUGCCACUGCUCAUCCAUUCAUAAAGUCUUUGGAUCCCACAAGACGUCUUCAGAAGAUCACCGUGCCUGCCAGCGAGUUCAUAUCGAAACUUCUUUCGGAUCAAAGGAAGAACAAGAUGCGACACUAUGAGGCAGAGGUGUUCUCCGACCGCAUUGGACAAGAGGGAUUCUACCUAGUCUGAUUAGUCUGCCCCUUACGCUAUCCCGAUGCCAAAAAAAAGGUCUAACUUUUGUGAAAAAAUCAUCGGUUAGUUAAAUUGAUCUACACAAUCUAAAUUUGAACAUUUGUGGUAUUAAAUAACAUCUUUUGGAAAAAAUUA